AAGUGGGAAAACGGGAGAGCCGGAAGAGUGGAAGCGAGGAAUGUUUUAGGCAGGCUCCAGCGCUCUUGAACGCUGACUCGCCUCCAACACAAGAUCUGAAUUCCUGUCCUGCAACUGACGGCCUAUAAGAAAAAAAUCGGAGGAAAUCAUGUGGAAAGCAGUAGCUGGUCGUUCACUCAGCGUUACCGUUGAUGAAGGUGCGGACGACUGGGAGACUGAUCCUGACUUUGAGAACGAUGUCACUGAGAAGGAGCAGAGAUGGGGAGCAAAGACAGUGGAAGGCUCGGGCCAUCAGGAACACAUCAACAUCCACAAGCUACGUGAGAAGGUGUCGUCGGAGCACAAUGACCUGAAGCAGAAGGAGCUGGAGAACAUGCCACAGGCCUCGCACGGUUACGGGGGCAAAUUCGGUGUGCAGGAGGACCGCAUGGACAAGUCUGCUGUGGGCCAUGACUACCAGAGUAAGCUGUCCAAGCACUGCUCGCAGACAGACACUUCUAAAGGAUUUGGGGGAAAGUUUGGUGUACAGUCUGACCGUGUGGACCAGUCAGCUGUAGGGUUCGAGUACGCUGGGAAGACGGAGAAGCAUGCCUCGCAGAAAGACUACGCCACUGGGUUCGGUGGCCGCUAUGGGGUACAGGCAGACCGCGUGGACCAGAGUGCUGUAGGCUUUGAUUACCAGGGCAAAAUCGACAAACACGAAUCCCAGAAAGACUACACCAAGGGCUUCGGUGGCAAGUUUGGUGUGGAGACUGAUAAAGUAGAUAAGAGUGCCGUAGGCUUUGAGUAUCAGGGGAAGACUGAAAAGCACGAGUCACAGAAAGACUAUGUGAAGGGUUUUGGAGGGAAGUUUGGUGUGCAGACAGACCGCCAGGACAAAUCUGCAGUUGGCUGGGACCAUCAAGAGAAAGUCCAGCUUCAUGAGUCUCAGAAAGACUACAAGCGUGGGUUUGGCGGGAAGUAUGGGGUGGAAGUGGACAAACAGGACAAGUGUGCUCUGGGUUUUGACCACAAAGAGAGCCUGGCCAAGCAUGAGUCUCAACAAGAUUACUCUAAAGGGUUUGGCGGGAAGUACGGCGUAGAGAAAGACCGAAUGGACAAGAGCGCCGGAACAUUCGAGGAGGUAGAGAAGCCCCGCGCUGUUUAUCAGAAGACCAGACCGGUCGAAGCAGGUGGCAGUGGAACGAGCAGUAUUAAGGCUCGCUUCGAGAAUCUUGCCAAGGAGAAGGAGGAAGAGGACAAGAAGCGAGCUCAAGAGGAGAGGGCCAGGAGGCAGGCCACGGAGAAGCAAGAACAAGAGCAGGCCCGCAAAAACACGGAGGACAGUGCCAAAGCUCGGGUUCCCUCCCCUCAGCCUGGUCCCGUCUCCAAGGCUCCAGACUUCCAGAAAACAGUGGUGGAGACUGAGAACUUGUAUGAGGUGGAACCAGACACGGAGCCCACGUGCGAACAACCUGCUGAGGAACCCCUUUACCAGAAUCAAAACCUGGAGCCGGCGCUGGAGGGGCGUUACCAGGCCACAGAUUCUCCGUCCUAUGAGUAUGGGGAGGAUCUCGGAGUGACUGCAGUGGCCCUGUAUGAUUAUCAGGCUGCUGGUGAUGACGAGAUCUCGUUUGAUCCUGAUGACAUCAUCACCAACAUCGAGAUGAUUGAUGAGGGCUGGUGGAGGGGCGUGUGCAGAGGGGCUUAUGGACUCUUUCCGGCCAAUUACGUCGAGGUGCGGCAGUAAGGUCGUCCUCUGGCUGCCACGCCCACCUCCCUGGAGGAGAGGGGUCUCCUUGCACGUCCGUUCGUUUUUCCCUCUUGUCCCACUACUUUCAUCUCUUGUGGAGCUUCUGAAGUGUUAGGCGUUCUCAGGUCUUUCUAUCUGUUCCUCACUUCCCGUCCCUUCUCUGUCCCUUCCAGAACGAACAGGACCCUGCUGCUUUGAACUAGUCAUUAGGACACUAGUCCUGUUUUGAGAGGAAGCACUUCCUACAUCUGCGUCAUUAUCAUAUAAUUCAUAUUACAGCAUAUUUAGUCUAUGAUCGCGUCAUGUCUCUGUAAUCACACAAGAGAAAUGAUCUUUCUAUGGUUUAGGUGAAAGCUUGGCUUUUUCUUUUUCAUGUUUAUGAAGAUGUAGACUGAGACCUGAGUGAAGCUUCUUGCUAUGACCAUUUUCCAUUUGCAACACUAAUGGGUGUAAUUUUGUAGCUAGUAGUUGAUUCAGAACAUGACGAAAAAAAAAUAUUAGUCAACUUCCAGCCCCACCCCUCGACUUACUGCCAUGCAGAGCCAGCACUGCACCCACCUCUGCAGUUAACUCAGGUUUGGCUGCAGGAGUUCACUUUCUCCUGGCUGUUCCAGGAUGUGUGAUGGAAAAGAACAUUGUUUUUCUGAUUGAAGAGAUUUAUAUUAAGUCUGAGACGUAGCACAGACGUGUGGUUCUCUGGCCUCUUAAAGUGUAGAUAAGAUCACUAUCGGUGUCCCUGCCAUGCAGUGCUGUUCCCAUGCUCAGUUUUGGUCUAUGUUGCUGUCCUCACUGUGAUCUGUGGUUUACUGGACACUGGGCCAAUGUACCCUGUUCAAAAUGACCGACACAAUGUAACAUGAGCAACUGAGUGUCUGUCAGACGGGACACUGUCCUACGGCUAUUUUUGAUUUGGUAUUAUCUUAAUAUAUACAUUUAGCUUAAUUUUAUCAAGUGACAUGCUAGUCCCAUUCUGGUACAGUGGGAUUCUGAUUCAGUAGUGAUGCAUCUAGUGUAUAUCUUUUUGGGUUGGGUUUUUUUUAAUAAAAGUGACCUUUUCAAAUCUUAUUUUUAUCUGUAUUUUGCUGGCUUAAAUCUCAUUACAUGCUUUUUUUUUUUUUUUUUUUUU